AACCAUGUUUGAUUACUAUUCCUGCAUUUCCCUGGUUUUCAAUUUCCUCCAGCUAGCCUGGAUUGGAAGCCAGAGUGUCGUGGAUAAGAAUACGGUGAAUGUAGCUCCGCUUUCGAAUCAGUCCCUCCAGUUGGUCCACGACAGCCACACCAUUGAGCAAUUGAGAGACAUCUUUUACAGGGUCAACGUGAUUAGACAAGUUGAUUCGGAAUCACACCGUGCCGUUGGACAGUACAUCUCCAAUCAUUUCCAAUCACUCGGCUGGGUCAUUGAGUGGGACAGUUUCACGAUGAAUACAGUGAUUGGUCGGAAGACAUUCCGAAACAUAAUUGUCUCCUUGGGCCCACCUGAGCUUGAUUUCCUGAUACUUGCAUGCCACUACGAUUCCAAAUCUAUUCCAGGAUUCUAUGGAUCCGUGGACUCUGCAAUGCCUUGUGCGAUUUUGAUGAAGGUUGCCGAGUCAAUAACUCCGCUUUAUCAAAGUCAGCGCAAUCAUCCCUACUCACUCCGAAUGAUAUUUUUUGAUGGUGAGGAAGCAUUUCGCGAUUGGACUGACCAAGAUUCCCUUUACGGUUCCCGACAUUUAGCCGCAAAACUGUUUGUUCUUCUAGAUCUUAUUGGAUUCACGGGGAUGACCAUACCCUCUUAUCCGAAUGGAACCAAAGACAUGUAUGAUCACCUCGUAACUUUGGAACAACGUUUCGCCAGGGAAAACCUACUUCAUUCUUACCGGACAUCCGGGCAUCAAUAUUUUCGAGGCACACUUGGGCAUCGCGUUGAAGAUGAUCAUGUACCAUUUUUCGAGUUGGGUGUUCCUGUGUUGCACUUAAUCCCGACUCCUUUCCCAUGGGUUUGGCAUACGGUGCACGAUAACGCGCAAAAUAUUGAUUGGAAUGCGUCAAUGGAUUUUCUCAGGCUUAUGGACGCUUUCGUCCGCUCUUGCUUACAUCUUGACCGAGAUGAAUCAUUUUAGCUCCUGUGAUAUCUUUCUUCAUCCUGGUUUUCAUGGGAAUUUGCGAACAAUCCUUCUUGGUGUCUGUACGUUUAUUUGUUUUUAUCGUGAGGUUGUCUAGUUCGUUG